AUGACGAGCUCCUCCAUGUCAACUGCUUUGCAUCGUCUCCAACGUGACACCCACGAUUUCUGGUCUCCACCGUCCUCUAUACGUCGCAUUGAUGCAUCUAAUCUAUCACCUCUACAGUUUUAUCGUGACUAUGUGAGCCGUAAUGUACCUGUCGUGCUGCUGAAUGCGAUGACGUCAUCUCGAUGGCGACGCGCCAUUGAAAAUUGGCCGAAUGAUGAACAUCUUAUCGCCAAGGCAGGUGAUCGUACCGUAACGGUAGAUAUAACGCCUAAUGGAUUUGGAGAUGCAAUACUGGAAUUAUCGAAUGACAAUGAGAAGCUUUUUAUAAUGCCUGAAGAGAGAGACAUGAGGUUGACGGAAUUUCUACAACUGCUGAAGAAGUGCAACGAAUUUGAUGGCGUUCCAUACCUUUCACAUCAAAAUGACAGUCUAAGAGAUCAACUUCCAGUACUGUUGGACGAAGUACCACCAGCUAUGAAAUUAGCGGUUGAAGCUUUUGGAAAUGAACCAGAAGCUGUGAAUAUUUGGAUUGGGGACGAGAGAGCGGUGUCUACUAUGCACAAAGAUCACUACGAGAAUAUUUACUGUGUGGUCAAGGGCCAAAAACACUUUACCCUGCUGCCCCCAUCUGCGGUAGGAUGUCUGUACGAACAAGAAUUUACUUCAGCAAGAUAUCGCCACGCGGAUUCGCCAGAUCCUGAUGAAGAAGAACACAUGGUGAAAAAUCUUGCUGCUACACAACGUUUUCACGAGAAAUACCCGCAGCAUGUGAAUUGGAUAAUUUGGUCUUCGCCCGAUAAGGGGAACAUUCCAUGGAUUCCAGUGGACCCGUUGAACAUUGACAUAGAAAAGUUUCCACUGGCUGGAGCGUUGAAGCCAAUCAAUGUUGUUGUGAAAGCCGAAGAAGUGCUAUACUUGCCAUCGUUGUGGUAUCACCGAGCUGCGAACUUGUGUCCCACGAUCUCGGUGAAUUACUGGCACGACAUGGAAUUCGACUGUCGUUACGUGUACUUCAAUUUCGUGCAUGACAUCGGUGCCGCGGUCAUGAAGAUGGAGGAGGAUGAACUCAACAAGGCGGCAAAUAAAGAAUUACUCCUGAUUGAAGAUCAACACGGGUUGAGUCUUAACAUGCCCGUGUCGACAAGACCAUCGACCCCAAUCUUGAGCAGGGCUUUUUUGCUUCUUCUCGACUACGUCUGCAAAGCGAAGACUUAUCUACAGUACCGAAGAGCGUAUCCGCCAUAUUAUCGGUAA